AUGGCUGCUUUGCAACCCCAAAAUAUUAACUGGCAAAUAAGCGCCAACCGGCAGGCGCAUCACACAGACAAGUUCUACAGCAAGCAGCUCAUCCUGAGGCGAGGCCAGCCCUUCACAUUUUCCUUCAGAUUGAACCGAAAUCUUGACUCUGGAGAGAGUCUGGAGUUCAUCACCUCCACAGGACCUGCCCCUUCAGAGUCAGCCAGGACGAAGGCUGUGUUUCCACUCUCCGGUGGCGCAGGAAGCAGUGGUUGGAGCGCACAGCUCGUGUCCAACCAGGACAACAUUCUGAAUGUCUCCAUCUCCUCCCCGGUCAAUGCGCCUAUAGGGUUUUACACGCUGGAUGCUCAGAUCUCCUCCCAGGGCAACAGGUCUGCUAUGAAAUUUGGAUCCUUCAUAUUGCUCUUCAACCCCUGGUUGCAAGCUGAUGGCGUCUUUAUGGGUAACCAAGCUGAGAGAGAGGAGUAUGUUCAGCAAGAUGCUGGCAUCAUCUAUGUGGGAAGCGCAAAUCGAAUUUCCAUGGUUGGAUGGAACUACGGACAGUUUGAAGAAAACAUACUGGACAUUUGCCUCUCGAUUUUGGAUCACAGCCUGAAUUUCCGCCGUGACCCCGCGACAGAUGUGGCCCGCAGAAACGACCCCAAAUAUGUCAGCCGGGUGAUGAGUGCAAUGGUGAACGGCAACGAUGACAAUGGUGUGAUUUCUGGGAACUGGAGUGGCACCUACACAGGUGGUGUGGACCCCAGGAUCUGGAAUGGCAGCGUGGAGAUCCUCAAGCAGUGGAGGAGCUCUGGCUUCAGGCCAGUCAAAUUUGGCCAGUGCUGGGUCUUCGCUGGGACCCUUAACACAGUGCUGCGGUCUGUUGGGAUCCCCUCCCGAGUGAUCACCAACUUCAACUCGGCUCAUGACACAGACCGAAACCUUUCUGUGGAUGUGUACUAUGACUCCUCGGGAACACCAGUGGAGAGGGGCAGUGACAGCGUGUGGAACUUCCACGUCUGGAAUGAAAGCUGGUUUGUGCGGACUGACCUGGGCCCUGCAUACAACGGAUGGCAGGUUCUGGAUGCCACACCCCAGGAGAGGAGCCAAGGGGUGUUCCAGUGCGGCCCUGCCUCAGUUAACGCCAUCCGAGAGGGCGAUGUGAACCUGGAGUUCGACGGACCCUUUGUCUUUGCGGAGGUCAAUGCCGACCGCAUCACCUGGAUCUACGACGCUGCCACCGGCAACCAGAAGAAGAACUCCACAGACACUCGCAGUGUUGGCAUCUACAUCAGCACCAAGGCAGUGGGCAGUUACUCCCGCAUGGAUGUCACGGAGAAGUACAAGUACCCAGAAGGUUCCGGUGAGGAAAGAAGAGUGUUUGAGAAGGCUCUGGGGAAACUUAAACCCAACGCAUCAUUUGGCCCAACCUCUGCAGGAGACAGGGAAAGAGAGGACUCAGAGCCCAGCAUCUCAGGGGUGUUCAAGGUCAAUGGCGUCCUGGCAGUGGGCAAGGAAGUCAACCUGCUCCUGCAGCUGAAAAACCUGACGCGAGAUAUGAAGACAGUGACCGUGAACAUGACGGCCUGGACCAUUGUCUACAACGGCACACUUGUCCACGAGGUGUGGAAAGACUCUGUCACAAUAUCCCUGGAUCCCGAGGAAGAAACCGAGUACCCGGUGAAGAUCUCCUACGCUCAGUAUGAGAAGUACCUGAAGGCAGACAACAUGAUCCGGACCACAGCCGUGUGUCAGGUCACUGACGAGGCCGAAGUGGUGGUGGCGAGGGACAUCAUCCUGGACAACCCCACCCUGACUCUGCAGGUGCUAGAUGAAGCACGGGUGCAGAAGCCCGUGAACGUGCAGAUGCUGUUCUCCAACCCCCUGGACGAGCCGGUGAAGGACUGCAUCCUCAUGGUGGAAGGCAGCGGCCUGCUCCGGGGCAACCUCAAGAUCCAAGUGCCAACGCUGCGCCCCAAGGAGAAGUCCCGGGUGCGUUUCGAGAUCAUGCCCACUCGGAGCGGCACCAAGCAGCUGCUUGUUGACUUCUCCAGUGACAAGUUCCCUGCCAUCAAGGCCAUGCUGUCCAUCGAUGUGGCCGAGUGAAGAUCUUGGGUGCCCUUAUACAAACUUGGGUAAC